GGGCCGAGGUCUUUGCGGGGGGGGGGCGGCAGGGGCUCCCUUUCAGCCCAGUAUUGACCUUAUUGAAGGCUGGGCUCCGUUAGUUCUCAUGGGAAGCCUUAAUUCUGUUUAUUGCAGCCUUUCCUGGGCUUGAGGUCUGUGCUGCCCCUCCCCAAAUUAACCUGGAAGGGGCCUCGGAGGGUCUCUGGCCUUAAGCUGCAUCUUAUCUGGGCUGCCCCUCCAGAAAACCCGCCCGUGAUUUACUAUCUUACGCUAAGUUAGUUGUAUUAUAGAUUUUCUGUAGCCUCGUGCAGACGUACGAAUUGCAAGGAGGUGGGUAUUAUUCCGUAGCCUAUUCCCUGUUCUGCCAUUUAAUCAAAUUAUGCCUUACAUUGCAGAGUUCCUACAAGGUUUGCUUGCACACGUGCACGAUUGGCCUCUCCCUCCGGGAACUAAAGGGGAAGGACCCUGUUAUUUUACUUAUUUGCAAAUUUGUGUAGCCCCAGAGCAAGUGACUUUUAUUUAUAGCUUCCUAUGGGAUUCAUGGUGUCUGCUUUUCUUCUGGAACCUGACUUGCAAAGGGCUACAAAUUAGGGGAUCGAAUAGGUUUCUUGGAGACAUUCAUACAUGCCUUGCUGUCCCCCCCCCUUAAUUGCAAGGGGACUUCUAGAAUAGGAUUUUUUUCACUUUUUCACUUGAAAUGUACGCUAAUCAGCAUACUUCAAAAUGAAAUUUAUAGCUUGAUCUAUAUUAUAUUAUCCUAUAUGGUCUUAUAGUUUAUUAUAACAUAGCUGUGUAGGAGCCCCAACAUGUUUCUGGUAUAUCAUCCUUUGAUUUCAUGGGGAGGAGGGUCUUCUCAUAUCCCCCCCUUGUGUUGCUUAUCUGGUGACCCUGAAAGUUGGAUGGGCUUUUAGGGGGCUCCUACACAGCUGGGGGGCCCUUUAAUGAGAGCAGAUGAGGGUCCCCUCCCCAAUUCCACAGAACCUGGUUUAUUUAGGGGUUGAUUUUUUCAGGGGGAAGGCGUGCAUCUCCCCUCCCACCCCUCUAUUUGAAAUUCUGGGAAUUAGGCCCUUUAAAUGAAAUUAUGGUGGGUGUGGCUGGUUGAGGGAGGGGGGAAAUGCUGUAGGGGAGAGAAAAUGCAAAAGGGUGGUUGAAAAUGAAGGUUUUGUCCUUUUGAGGGUGGGAAGGAGGGAUGUGGUGGAGGGGGCUGCAUGGUUUUGGGGUUCUGAGGACUCAAAGCAACAGCUAAAAAACAACUUUGGAGGCCAGAGAAAGUGAUGGGAGGGGAGAGGUUUCCUGGAAAUCUCAAGCCUGGAGGAGGAGGCUGGAUGAAAACCCACCCUGCAAGAUCUCCAUCCAUUUCUGGAGAAACUUCCAUGGGUGUUUCCCGCAAAGUCACUCGGACUUCAGUCUGGCUCCAAAGAGGCUGGACUUUCCCCUCCAGACGGGCGGUGUUGUUUACCGUCUGGUGGAUGCCUUUUUUCUUCAGAAGGAGGUUUGUUUCCCUGCAGAAUUUGAAUUGGCAGCUGAGUUUGCGAAGGACCAGAAUGGAGGGGCGACUUUUCUGCUGCCCCGUUACCUGUUGCCAAGUCCCACCGCUCAAAAAAGAAAAAAAUCUGAAGGGAGGGGAGAAGAUGGAUGGUGACCCCAUGGCAUUCAACCAGGUUCAGAUUUGCCUCUGCUGUUUUAUGGCCUCUCUGCCUCGGCUCACUUUUAUUUUAUUUCUGUGCACCUUUUAUUUUUAUGGGGUUCUUUUUGUUCUAUCUGUCAUUUUUACAGCUGCGUGUGCAAUUUUCACUAGCCGUCUGCUUCCUGUCUGGGUCAGGCUCUGGUCCUUGCACAGCCGAGGCUGUGUUCCUCCAAUGGCUUUCUUGCAGUUUUUCCUCCUGCUGUGGCCAACAGCCAUGUUUCUAAAUCCAGAUGAAGCCCAUACAUUUUACAACACCUGCCCUACGCACCUGGUCCCUCCUGUGCCAGGAGGCAGGAAAAAUCUGCUUGCGACUUGAAAUAUCCAUUACUGUCAAACGAACAAAAUAGAAGGUUACUCAGUGGUGAGCAGGAAUCGUGUGUAUUUCACCAGAUGGAUAUUCUCACUGAUGGGCAAGGAAGAGUUUGCUCUUGCUGGAUUUUAGCUCACCCCCCUGUUUAAAUUCUAUUUAGAGAGAGAUGAGGAGUCCUGGAAUACAAAGAGAGCUGGCAAGUCGUCUGGAAAACAAGAUGGAAAUAACCGUGUCUUUCUUUCUCUCUCCCCCCCACCCCCCAAGAGGGGCUGGCAAUUCUCCCUUCUGAGGUGCUGUGAAAUCCAGCUUUUUUGGACCCCAGGACCAGCCGUGGCCUUAGCUCUCGGAUUGCGGUGGCUCCGAAGCAGGAUGGGUCUCCUGAUCCCCCUUUCUGGGGGAACCUGCUGUGAAAAACCAGGCUUGUUUGCAGGAGAAUCCCAGAAUGUCCUUUGGAAAGAUUCUUGCAUUGACCCACCAUGUGGAGAUUUUAUUAUUUCAUGGGCUUCACUCCCAGAAUGUGAUCUUUGUGCAGCUUCAUCGCAAAUUACUGAUCCAGUCGGUUCACCUAGUGGAUUUGCCUGGUUUACGAAUGGAACCCUGGCUUUUAUUUUACAAAUUCAUCCUUGCCCUGCGUCUGGCUUGCAGCUGCCAGCCUUCCUUGCCACCCAUAAGGCCUUUGUCACAAGACCCGGCUCUGGGUUGUGCGUUGUGGUUUUCAUUCUCCACUGCAUUGUCACUGCUGCUGUCUUGGAAAGGAAGUGUUUUGCCCGGCGGUUUUUGUGACUUUUCUGCCUUUCGUCUUUUCCCCUUUUCCAGUGGCUGCCUCCUCUGGGGACAAGGCGGAACAGCUGAUGAAGCGUGAAAGAGAUUUUCCAAACUGCUUUGGGCUGAGACCUAAACACACAGAAUGUUUUUGGUUCACCUGGGAGACAAGGCUUAGGGGGGAAAAAGUCUUUUAUAAUGUUGUUGGCCAGUGCUGGAGGCUCAAAAUAUUUCUUUUCUCAAUAGAUGACACAAUUAGAGGGGCAGUUUUCGUGUUAGGAUCUCUAAUCUCUUUUCGGUCAGACAGUUCCGGAUUUUAGCACAAUUUGUACAUUCCACCUCUUGUUAGGAGUUGGUCAACUAAUCCUCUCUGAGUAAUAAAUUUGGCAUUGGAUGACGGCCUGGGACUGGAGUACAUUUUAGGCAACACUCAUUAGAUUUGGCACUUUGUCGAAGGGCCUAAUCCGACACUUGCUGGCGGGUGACUGAAGUUGUUUCCUGGUUUCGGUUUUCAAAGAUAGUAAACAGGUUUCUUGAACCGGAGGUGCUUUUUAAAUAAAUAUAUAUAUCUUCUUUUUCCGCAGGUGCUUAAAAGCAACAUUCUAGAAGAAGCGUGAAGCGUGGUGGGCUGAGUUCCUGAAACGCUUUUUCCUGGAUCACAUCUUGAUUUUCUAUCCGAAGGCGGGACAACAAAGGCAGUUUUGAUGUUUUGCGUGGCACCUGUUGGAACCGGGCCCAUCAUGAAUGUCACGAAGGGUGGUCUGGUCCUGUUCUCGGCCAACUCCAACCCCUCCUGCAUGGAGCUCUCAAAGAGGAUUGCUGAGCGCCUGGGUGUGGAAAUGGGCAAGGUGCAGGUUUACCAGGAGGCAAACAGAGAAACGAGGGUGCAGAUUCAGGAGUCCGUGAGGGGCAAAGACGUUUUCAUUAUCCAGACCGUUUCCAAGGACGUCAACACCACCAUCAUGGAGCUGCUGAUCAUGGUCUACGCCUGCAAGACCUCCUGCGCCAAAAGCAUCAUCGGUGUGGUGCCCUACUUCCCCUACAGCAAGCAGUGCAAGAUGCGGAAACGGGGCUCCAUCGUCUCGAAGCUCCUCGCCUCCAUGAUGUGCAAGGCAGGGCUGACUCACCUCAUCACCAUGGACUUGCACCAAAAGGAAAUCCAGGGGUUCUUCAACGUGCCGGUGGACAAUCUGAGAGCAUCACCGUUUUUACUGCAGUACAUCCAGGAAGAGAUUCCGGACUACAGGAAUGCUGUGAUUGUGGCCAAGUCUCCUGCAUCUGCGAAGAGGGCGCAGUCAUUUGCUGAGCGUCUGAGGCUGGGCAUCGCUGUGAUCCAUGGAGAGGCUCAAGAUGCCGAGUCUGACCUGGUGGACGGGCGCCAUUCGCCCCCAACUGCCAAAAACGUCGCCGCCAUUCACCCCAGCUUGGAGAUACCCCUGCUGAUUCCGAAAGAGAAGCCGCCCAUCACUGUGGUUGGAGAUGUUGGGGGACGAAUAGCCAUCAUUGUGGACGACAUCAUAGAUGACGUGGACAGUUUCCUUGCGGCCGCCGAGACCCUGAAGGAGCGAGGCGCCUAUAAGAUUUUCGUCAUGGCCACCCACGGCCUCCUCUCCUCCGACGCCCCCCGGUUGAUAGAGGAGUCGGCAAUCGAUGAGGUGGUCGUGACCAACACCAUUCCUCACGAGAUCCAGAAACUGCAGUGCCCCAAAAUUAAGACGGUGGACAUCAGCCUCAUCCUCUCGGAGGCCAUUCGCAGAAUCCACAAUGGGGAAUCCAUGUCGUACCUCUUCAGAAACAUAGGGCUAGAUGACUGACGGUGGCUCGGGAGGGCUUGAAGGAAAGAAAGAAAGAAAAAAAAAGUGUUUUUUUUUUAGGGGCCAAACUGGACACGGGACAGAAAUCCAGCUGUGAAUCUUUUUGUGGCUUAUUCUUUGUAUUUCGGUGGGAGCCCUUUUUUUAUUAGAUGGCUUUUAUUCUCCCCCUCCGCCCUUCUUUCCGGUGGUUUAAAUGGAGUAGACAAAAUCCUCAGAGCUAUUUUCCUUGCGAUUUUGUUUGUUUUCGAGAAAGAGAAAGGAUUUUAUAAAAAGUUUUAAAAAACAACAGCAACAACCAACCCUCUUUUCAACUUCUAGAGAUGGUCAGGUUAGCGGCGCUAUUUUGCAGACAAGACCCACCGCACAGCCCACCCCCCCAUUCCCGGCAGAGACUUUUCUGCUGCAGCUUCAUUGCCAGGAAUCCAAAUUGGGAAACGGCCUUAUUGAUGGUUUUCCUCUUUUUGGGGGGCGGGUGGGAGGGGUUUGGGGUGAUCUUGGCAGCAGGAAGGACUGCAUCUCAAGGGCAUUUAUUUCUAACAUGGAUCCGGUACUGGGAUGGACCCAUGUUCAUAAGACUAUUUUGUCCCAGCAGAUAUGAAGAGUCCUGCACUCCAUUAGAGCAGUGUUUCUCAAGCUUGGCCACUUUAAGAUGGGUGGACCUCAACUCCCAGAAUCCAAGCUGGCUAGGGAAUCCUGGGACUUGAAGCCCAUCCAUCUUAAAGUGGCCAUAGCGCUUGGAAGUACUGCCGUAGAGUUUGAGAGAAAGGCAACCAUGUCAGGCUUGGCUAUUUGUCACUGAAAGCAGCCGUUUUGCACAAAAGACGGUUGCACAUGUGGGAGGGAAGUGAACGGAAGCGGCUGUUUUCACAGGAGUUGAAUCCUGGGAAUUGAAAUCCACUGAGCGUAAAAGUGGCCAAGUGUGGGAAACGCUGCCUUAGAGCUUGGAAUGAAAGCACCCAUGUCAGACUUGGCUACUCGUCAUUGGAAACAGCCGCUUCUGUUCAUUUCCAUCCUUCGCGUGCAUCUUUAUGUAUCUUUCCAUGAGAUUCGCACAGGAUGCAUUCUCCUCCGUUAUUGGAAGCCGAGGUAGCUCAUAAUCUUCCUUCCUGAUCCUCCCAGCUUGCUUUCAAGUGCUUUUGUGCGUUGUUCAACAAACGGUAGCUAUGGCAUCGAGUUUGUGUCCGAGACCAGCCAAACAAGAAAACCGCACUGUUGUAUGCAGUUCUGUGACGUCGUCUUUUUUUGUAACCAUGCUUUUAUAGGAAAAAAAAACCCAUAAGGAACGUGCACUGGUAUUUAUUUUCUGGCACAAAUAAAAUGACUCUGGUUUUGCUUUUUAGAAAA